GGGGCGGGGCGGCGGGAGGCGCUGUCAGCGCGAGGCGGCGAGCGGAAUGCAGCGGCCCGAGGCCUGGCCACGUCCGCACCCGGGGGAGGGGGCCGCGGCCGCCCAGAUCGGGGCCCCAGCACCGCCCGCCCCGGCCGGGGAGCCCGCGGGGUCGCGGUUGCAGGAACCUUCCCUCUACACCAUCAAGGCUGUUUUCAUCCUAGAUAGUGACGGACGCCGCCUGCUGGCCAAGUAUUAUGAUGACACAUUCCCCUCUAUGAAGGAGCAGAUGGCCUUCGAGAAAAAUGUCUUCAAUAAGACCAACCGGACUGACAGUGAGAUUGCGUUUUUCGGGGGCAUGACCAUCGUCUACAAGAGCAGCAUCGACCUCUUCCUGUACGUGGUGGGCUCAUCCCAGGAGAAUGAGCUGAUGCUCAUGUCUGUUCUCACCUGCCUGUUUGAGUCCCUGAACCACGUGUUAAGGAAGAACGUGGAGAAGCGCUGGCUGAUGGAUAACAUGGAUGGAGCCUUCCUGGUGCUGGAUGAGAUUGUGGAUGGCGGCGUGAUUCUGGAGAGCGACCCUCAGCAAGUGAUCCAGAAAGUGAAUUUUAGGGCAGAUGACGGCGGCUUGACUGAGCAGAGUGUGGCCCAGGUCUCUCUGCACAGACUAAUCCUGGUUUUAUGGAGCUUCCUGCCCUGGCACUAACUCCCUCCUGCUGUGGUGGCCCAGGCCUAGAUGGGUGUGUAGCAUCCGUGCGGAGCCCUGGGUGUGCUGCUCACUUGCCUGCACUGCCCUGGUGCUCACCCUGCCUCUCCCUCUUCGUGGCUCCCAGGCCUCCCCCUACCCUGCCGGGAGGAAUACAGACAGCCCUGCGGCAGUUUCAGGUCCAAAGAGGUUAGGGAGCAUGAGCAGAGCAGGCACAGGCAUGUAUGUUCCGCUUUGCCACCUAGAAUCUGGGUUACCGAGGGCAAGUUUCUCAGCCUCUCUGGGCCUCACACAAUCAUGGGACACUCCUCACAGAGUUAUCAUGAAAACUAGGUGAGCCAGUGCAUGGAAAACUCUUUGCCCAGCUCCUCCUUUUCCAAAGGGAGAAAGAAGGAAGACACAGCCCUUUUAAUGGAAUUCUUGAGUAAAAACCAAGAAAGUCGCAGGGAGCGAGCGAGUGGAGGAUGAAACCAGGAGAAAGUUGGAUUCUGGCAAGAAAAGCAGGAGUACCCCCCCCCCCCCCGGGCCAUGCUGUCCCUGAGAGAGGAAGGGAGACUGUGCAGGAAGAAGGGACACACAUUGGGGGACGAGCCUUCAGAAGGGGGUGAGGCUGGGUGGCAGGAGGGACGACCGGAGAGGCAUACGUGGCGUCACCACCGUGUUGGGGCUGUGUGCGCGCCUUGGUACGCCUUUGCGUCAGCACUGGCCUGCGGUUGUUUCCUCAGCUGCAGGUGAGCCUGCACGACCCGGGCGCAGGUGUCCCGUGGCUGUGUCUGGCCAGCCACUGUUGGCCAGCUGUGCCACAUCAGCAGAGGGUGGGGCUGGGUGUGGAGGACAGACACACUGCCAGCCAAGGGCAGACCUAGAGUUUUGCUCAGGCAGCGUCAGGCUGGGCCCAGUGUCUGCCUGGACGUGGCACUGUGGGCAGGAGCUAGCAUGACACGGUAUGGGAACGACAGAGCCUGUCGCCACACCCACCCCUGCAGAUGCAGAAACCAGAGGGCCGGGCAGGCCUGGGCCCGGGCUGGGAGCUGCCUGCAGCCAGUUUGGACUGCGCUUUCCUCUGGCGCCCUAUCCCCUGCUUAAGUCAGGUAGAGAUGAGCUGCUGUCACCUAGUGACCAGGAGUUGCAG